AUGCAUUCUGGGUGCCACUCCAGGAUCUCAUCCAUGUCAACUGUCAGCGGCGGCGUGCAGCCCUUCACCCUCGUUGCUGAACGAUAUGCCUUCGUUCGAGACAAGCUAGGCGACACCAGCAAACCGGACUCUGUGCUCGCAUCGCUGGAGCUCCGAUCCCAGUCCCCGAGAACUGCAACGUCACCUUCGGCGCUGGAAGAGGGGGCGGACAAAGAUCCCAGAAGCCCAUCCAGCCCAUCCGACGCUAUUCUGAUCACUCGAGGAACAGGAAGCAGCCGGUCAAGCCCGACCGAAGACUUUAGCCCACAACACAUCACCAAACAAGAUACAACCGGGUUCCUGAACCCUCCUCAAGAUCAGCUACAUACCCGAUCACAUAAGCGCACCGUCUCAGCCCCUGACUUUGCCGCCCUUUCAGCACCGUCUGGGUUUCAACCUUUCCCACCUGUCUCUGAAGCUCCGGCUUUCGUGCAACAGCAACAAGUCUACACAAUGCCUUCUCAGACCCAACCCGCCGCAGGCAACCCAGCCGUGAUUCCAGAGAUCAAGUGCAUGUACAUCGAUAAUUGUGACACAGGUUCGCAGCCUCGCAAGGCCAUUUCUCACAUCUUUGGCCGAAACAAGCUCUGCACGCGCAUGAUUCCUCCUCACGUCUGGGUUCACUAUUGCCGAAAGCAUUAUCAGCGCAGCCGCUAUCGCAACGGUCAUGAGUACGCCAAGCUCCAGAUCGAUCUUGUCGAGCAGCAGAUCGAGCGUGUUCAAGAGUGGAGUGACGCCAACAAGCGAGCCGGUACCUCUGGGGUAGUCACCAGCUGGUCUCUUGCCAUUCGCAAGCGAGAGCAGAAGCGUCUUGACGACAAGCAAGAGUCGAGGAAGCGAUCGUAUCAGGACGAGUCUGAAGAUGAGACUGCCGAUGGCGCCGUGAUGAAUGGCACUGCCGUACCGCAGUGGCUACUCGACCGUUGUGGUAACAACUACAGUACUGAGACCAUCAUGAGUGUCGUUCAACAACUCAAGUCGGAGAUCCAUGGCAACCACUUGAGUCAAAUCCCGGAUAUCGAGAUCCUACCUGCCAUCAGCAGCGAUGGCAACGAGGACAAGCCCAAGGCUCAACUCAAGCGCAAGACAAGUGGCGGUACUGGACACAAACGAUCCCAAUCCAUGGGUGUGGCUCUUCGUCACGAUAUUCAUCCUCCUCCCGCCAUGACCCGGCGCAUCAGCCAGCCACUCGGUCAUUGGGAGGCGGACAUGUUUGAGAACCCUGUCGAGAAACGGCAGCGACUUGCGCAGAUGGACGUCGGUUACUUUGCCGAACGUCACAACAUGGUGGGUGUUCCUCGCGCUGCUGAGCGCACCGUGCCCAACGUGCGUCGCAUGCAGGUAGCUCAUCGACCGGCCUUUGGCAACAUUCGUGAAAACUACCCCGAGGAGGAAUAUUACACAGCUGGGCAGCAGGCCUUUGGAUCUCCGUACAUGUAUGGCGCUGGUGGCCAGGUCGUUACCACGUCAGGGGGGGCCGCUGGUGGUCCUCUUCCCGCGCCCACCCCUCAACGGCGACCCAGCCAGUCGAUGGCUUCACACCUCGAGGCCAACAGCUCGAUGGCCGGCUACCAAGAUCCGCGCCGCCCUAUUCACCAGCGCUCUCACAGCGAAGUUGGUGCGUUCUACACCGGCUCGUCCAAUGCCUAUCGUCCAGCUUCUUCCUCGGAGUACCCAGCUCCAGGCUACGGCUACGGUCCCGGUCCGGAUUAUGACGCCUCGUACAACCAGGCAUUUUCUCGUCGUGAGGAAGACGACAUGUUCAUCGCCGGACAGCCUGUCAGCCAAGGGAUGGGUCAGCCGCCGGCGGGCAAUUACUACCAGGACGCCACUGUUCAUCGCCAGUAUGGCUAUGACACCUCGCCUUACCAGUCGGGCAUGAACGCCACCGUACGCAUGGCAGCGCCGCCCGCCACUAAGCAUGGCCGUCACCAGAGCAGCCCCAAUGUUGUGCGUGGCAUGCAGCAGCAUCGUGGUGCCCCGAGCCACGCGUAUGCACCUCUGCCAAACAUGCCUACGCGCUUCGAGCAGCCCUACGAGCAGCAACACAUGGACCAGUCGAGGGUCUCCUACGGCGCGCCCGCAGUCCAUCGGCGCCCAACCAUGGAGGACGAGUCGACAAGAGAUGCUUACGGUGUUCGUCAGUAG